CUGUAUUAAUACACGCGCGGCGCAGACAUUACCCGUCGCAUAAGCCGAGCCUUGCACACAGACAAAAGCAGGCAGAGAGAAACGACGGGAGGGCGUUGCGCGAGCGCCUCGACGGCAUGACAGCCGAUCCGUCGUCGUCGUCGUCGGCCGCGGCGGCGCCGUCGGUGAAGGGCGUGGCGAGGGCGCUGUCCCAGCACCACCGCGCCGUGGUCGGUUUCCUCUUCGGCUUCUUCGUCAUCCUCGUGCUCUACACCACCACGUCCGGCCAGUUCGGGACGACCAACACCAUUGUCGCCCUGCGGUCCACGCCGGCCGAACAGAAUGCCAGGACGUCUCCUCCACCUCCCCCUCCAGCGUCGACACCAGCGUCGUCGUCGGCGCCAAAUAAUAAUUCUACUCAAGGUGCAGUACAUGACAUGGAAAAUGGGAAGAAGGACGAGGCAGCCAAGACGAUGGGAGAAGUACGCAUCGAAGACAAAAACGUACCUGGAACCCAAAUGAAUAAAACGACUGAUACCGUGCAAGCGAAUAGGACAGACCAGUCAGGCCAGACAGUAAAUGAAGCUAGCGACAGGAUGGAGGAAGAGCUCAUUCGGCAAGAACUCGGUCAAGGUGGCGACAAGAACGAGAGCAACGUCAAGCAUGGUGCCCCGCCCAAGCCCAUCUGCGAUCUGUCCGACCCCCGGUACGACAUCUGCGAGAUCUCCGGCGACGCCCGGGCCAUCGGCGUCAACCGUACCAUCCUCUAUGUACCGCCCGCAGCCGAACGCAGCGCCGACGGCCAGGAAUGGGCCAUCAAGGACCAGUCCCGCAAGUACCUGGAGUACAUCGAGAAGGUGAAGGUCAAGACCCUGAGCGCCGCAGAGUCCCUGGUGGCGCCCGAGUGCACCUCCCGGCACGCCGUCCCGGCCGUCGUGUUCGCCAUGAACGGGCUCACGUCCAACCCGUGGCACGACUUCAGCGACGUGAUCGUCCCGCUCUUCAUCACUGCCCGCGCCUACGACGGCGAGGUCCAGUUCCUCGUCACCGACCUCCAGCCGUGGUUCGUGGACAAGUACCGCCUCAUCCUCGCGAACCUGUCCCGCUACGACAUCGUCGACUUCAACAAGGACGCCGGCGUCCGGUGCCACCCGCACAUCGUCGUCGGCCUCCGCAGCCACCGCGACCUCGGCAUCGACCCGACCCGCACGCCGCGCAACUACACGCUGCUGGACUUCCGCAUGUACAUCCGGGACAUCUUCUCGCUGCCGCCCGACGGCCUUGGCAUCCCGUACAAGGAGGCCAAUAAGAACGCGACCGGCGGCGUCGACGGUGGCACGGAGAAACGGAAGCCGCGGCUCAUGCUCAUCAACCGUGGCCGGAACAGGAAGUUCGUCAACAUCCCGGAGAUCUCCGCGGCGGUGAAGGCCGCCGGGUUCGAGGUGGUGGUCGUGGAGCCGCGCCGUGACCUGAGGCUCGAGGAGUUCUCCAAGGCGGUGGACUCGUGCGACGUGCUGAUGGGUGCGCACGGGGCCGGGCUCACAAACUUCUUCUUCCUCCGCACCAACGCGGCGAUGCUGCAGGUGGUGCCGUGGGGCCACAUGGAGCACUCGGCCAUGAUAUUCUACGGCGUGCAGGCCAAGGAGAUGAGGCUGCGGGACGUCGAGUACAGCAUCACCGCCGAGGAGAGCACGCUCUACGAGAAGUACGGCAAGGACCACCCGGCGGUGAGUGACCCGGAGUCGAUACAUAAGCAGGGGUGGCAGCUGGGCAUGAAGUACUACUGGCUGGAGCAGGACAUCAGGCUCAACGUCACCAGAUUUGCUCCAACGCUGCACCAGGUGCUUCGGACGCUCCAGGAAUAGAGGAUAGGAAAUAUAUAUAUUACUCCUAGGUUGAAGCUUCCGAAGCGAAGCACUCCCCAGAAGAAGCGCAGAAAAUCAGAGAAUGAUAUAGCAUGAGAAUGGACUUCACUGAAGAUUUAAAGAUUUUAUUUUGAGAGAAACACAAUGUAUCAACCGCAAAAAAAAAAAACGCACACACACACAAACAAACAAUUUAUACCCUUGAACUUAUGGCCAAGUUCAGCGGUUACCCUUUGUACGGUUCUCCCUAGUGAGGAUGUUGUCGUGGAGCUUAGUUGUCCUAGGAAGUGGUGUGAUGUUGUCUUCGUAUUGUCCGGUUAUCCCGGGAUCUGCUUUGUAAGAGGGUUGUCACACAAUCUUGUAUCGUUCAACUGUGCAGUUUGAUUUGUGCUUUAUCUAUAAAGCGGGGUGAAUGUCUGUUUUGUGAA